AUGGACAAAAAGAAAUCAACAUCAACUGCUAGUGGAUCAUCUUCUCCUUCCACAAUAAAUAAACCAAAAAAAUCAUCAUCAACAACAGCAGCAGCAUCACUACCAACAACAACGACAAGCAGAAAUGCAGUACUUCCUCAAACUGCUCGUCGGAUUCUUCAAAAUUUCCUUUUGGUAUGGCUCGAUGCCAAUUUGCAAGAAUCAGAUAACGAUUUUAAGAAUUCAUUGCAACAUCUUCGAAAAAUUGUGGCAUCCAUCACAACGUUUACGGAUGCCCAACAAUGCGUUAAUUUCCUAAGUGAAAUCAAAAAAGAAAAGGUAUUUAUGAUCGUAUCAGGUUCCUUGGGUCGUCAAAUAGUACCAGAAAUUGAAGCAUUGCCACAACUGGAAGCAAUUUAUGUGUUUUGUGGCAACCAAUCGGUUCAUGAACAAUGGGCUAAAAAAAUAAGCAAGGUUAAUGGUGUAUAUACUAAUAUACAACCAAUUUGUCAAGCACUUGAAAUCGAUCGACAACGAUGUGAUCAAGCUAUGAUCCCGAUCAGCUUUAAUGGUCGUGAUGCAUUAUUUAUGUAUACACAACUUUUAAAAGAAGCGCUUUUGGAAAUUGAAGAUGACGAUGUCAAAUCAAUUAAAGAUCUCGUCGAAUACUGUCGUCUGCAAGAUGAUAUUGAUGAAGGUCAAAUUAGGAAGGUCGAAAAUGAAUAUCGUGAUCAUACACCAAUAUGGUGGUAUACGGCAGAGACAUUUAUUUAUCCAAUGCUCAAUCGUGGUCUUCGACAAAUGGAUGUCGACAUUAUUCUGAAGAUGGGUUUCUUCAUCCGUCAUUUACAUCAACAUAUUACCGAAUUACAUCGUGAACAACAAGGGAACAUGCCAACAAAUUUUCAAGUCUUCCGUAGACAAGGUUUGUCCAUGGAAGAUUUUGAAAAAAUGAAAAAAACCAAAGGAGGACUUAUGUCCUUCAAUAAUUUUCUGUCGACAAGUCGCAAUCGUGAGAUAUCUUUCAAAAACUUUGCACGACCAGCAGCAUUAAAUACAAAUUCAGUUGGUAUUCUCUUCGUUAUGAACAUUGACACGGCUAUUUGCACGAAAUCCUCAACACCAUUUGCUGCAGUAAGCAAAGUUGGCUACUACAAAGAUAAAGAGGAAGAAAUACUAUUUUCAACACAUGCGAUUUUCCGUAUCGAUCGCAUUGAACGAAUUGAAGAUAAACAUACUGAUCGCUUAUGGCAAGUUAAUCUCACCAUCGUGGGUAAUCAAGAUGAUGACUUUAACACACUCACAGCACAUCUGCGAGAAGAGUCCACGUGGGCAACAGGAUGGGCUCGAUUUGGUCACAUACUUAUUAAACUUGAAAAACUUCUUCAAAUAAUGGAACGUGAUAUAAAAGUUAUUAUUUGUCGACAAUGUCAUUAUACAUCAUAUAAACAAUCAAUAUUAUGUAAACAAAAACAACAUUAUAUUAAAAUAUGUGAAAUAAAACAAAAAUUUUUUGAAUGUAUUGAAUGUCAUAAACGUAUUUUUACUUGGUCACAAUAUCCAAUAGAAAAUUGUAUGAAUUGUCAUAGUUUAAAAGGUUUUCGUCGUACAUCUUUAAUACGUGAACGUCAUGGAACGAAAUUUGAAGAUGAAAUUUUAUUAUUACGUGGUGAAGAAGAAAAAUUUCUUAAUUCGUUUAUUAGUUAUAAAAAAUUACCUAAUAUUAUCGAUUAA